UUUCGGUAUGCUCGAUAGGCUUAUAGGGCAGUGCUGGUGGCGUUGAUCAGUCAGGGACCGCCUCUGUUGGAUUGCCAAAGUAACUUCGCUGCUAAUAGAGUAUUUGUUGGAAUGUAGACGGUUCUGUGUAUGUAAUUGGAAAACUUAUAAAUGUGCCGUGCGUGAUUUUCAGUUGUCGUGAGAGAAGCCGUAUUGCUGUACAUGGUAGUACAGGAGUGUACGAGUAACACUUACUGGUAGACGGCUUUGUUUUUUUAUUCUGCCCACUGUGCAGCUGUUUAAGGUGGUUUCUCAUUUGCCUGUAAAUCACUGCCAUGGCUGGACUACUGGUACGCAAAGGCAUCAACUAUGUUAAAAGCAAGGAGUUCCGCGACUAUCUUAUGAGCACGCAUUUUUGGGGACCUGUGGCUAACUGGGGGCUUCCAAUCGCUGCUAUGAAUGAUAUGAAGAAAAGUCCAGAGAUCAUCAGUGGCAGAAUGACGUUUGCUCUUUGUCUAUACUCUUUGCUGUUUAUGAGGUUUGCUUACCGUGUACAGCCCAGGAACUGGCUACUGUUUGCCUGCCACUUCUCAAAUGAAACUGCACAGCUUAUUCAGGGUGGCCGAUUGAUCAAAUACAAGCUUGAAAAGAAGGAAAAGUAAGCUUGCAUCCUGCAGAAUCAAAGACUUGCCAACCAAAGGACAUCUGUGUCGGAAUACAGACUUGACAGUAACAGCACAACCUCAGGACACAUUGUUAAACAAAGACCAUUUGAUAUUUUAACUGACAGUAGUUGCCUGUACACUGUAGCCUCUAAGUGGGCACUGAGGUGGUACAGAAGUUGUAAACUUGUUUAAACUUUGUAUAUUUGGCUUCUUUGAUGUAAGUUAUUAAAGAUAUUUAAGCCAG